UUAGGGUUUAUUGGAAUGUAGCCAGUGUCAGUGUAAAUCGUGUUAAAUGGAUUGAAUAAAGUAUUAGUUUACUGUGAUGCAGCUAUAGUAAGGCUACAGACGUAAAGGUUUGGGCUCCUGAGUCUGUUGAUUGCUUUAGAAACCAUGAGUUGGUUUUUGAACCUGUUGAGGAGCUGGCUGGUCAUGGUGUCCAUCAUUGCACUGGGAAACACAGUUCAGAGCUUUCGUGACCAUAGUUUUCUGUCAGAGAAACUGUAUACUGGCACACCAGAUUUUGUAAAUGGCCUUCAAGCAAGAACCUUUGGGAUAUGGACCUUGCUGUCAUCAAUCAUUCGCUGUGCUUGUGCAAUAGACAUUCAGAACAGGACGCUUUAUUAUAUCACUCUGUGGACAUUUGUUCUGGCUCUUGGCCACUUCCUGUCUGAGGCCUUCAUCUAUAAAACCGCUCCUCUUACCAUUGGAGUUAUGGCUCCUCUUUUUGUGGCAGGUUGUUCUAUUGUGGGCAUGUUAGUUGGAUUCCGGUGUAUAACAAAACUACAGGAAGUAAAAGAAGCAAGACCGAAGAAAAGAAACUGAAUUUCUGCAUCAGGAACUUUGUUUGUCACUCAUGCUCAGGGCUAAAUGCACAGAGAUGGAAAAAACACCAACACUAAUAAAGCCCAUCUGACCAUCUAUUAAUUCCAGUCAUAUUUACUGUAUAGCUAAUUUGAGAUAAAAAAUAAAAAAAAAACACAAGCACACACACAGAAACAGUAAUGUUGCAACAAUAUUGGUGUAACAAGUUCUGAUGGAGCAAGGGGCCAAUGGAUGUAAUUAAAAGAGGCCCUAAAGUUCUAGUGGUUUAUCUGGCUUGUGUGCCAGUUUCAUACAUAAGACGCAAGUUUAUUUCUUACAGAAUGCAUCCUGAUUGUCCGUCUGAUAAUGGACACAAAAAGUUCAGUACUUCCAGCCUCCAGAGUAGUGUCUGGUCUUAUAUAGAGUAGUGUGUGGCCUUAUAUUAAUUAUAAUUUUUUUUUAAUAGUGCCUUUCGUGACACCCAAAGGCACUGUACAAUACAAAUAAUUCAAAGAAAAAUAAGAAUAAACAUGUACAAACAUGGAAACACUAAACACGUGGCAUUGUUCUGGGUCACCCAAAAGCCCGAUGGAAAAGAUGGGUUUUUAACAAGGCUACAGAUGAACAAGAUGCCUUAGAAUAGGACUAAACAGAGCCCAUCAUUUUUAGGUUAUUUUAUUUACACUGGCCACUGUGUGGUCUAGAAGCAAUGAUUUUAGUAUUAACAAUAGUGCUUGUUUGUAAUACUGUUGAUCAACUACAGUUCCCUACAUAAUUAUUGGCACCCUUGGUAAAUAUGAGUAAAGAAAAGUUAUACAAAAAUGAUCUCAAAUUCCCUGCUCUGUAUUCUUAAACAUUAGAAGAUGUUACAGAAGAUGUUAAAGGAAACAGACAAUAAUUGUGGCUCAUGUGGAUUUAUUAAAAAGGAUUAUUUCUUUACUAUUUUCUUAAAUUAAUCGUAGUGUUUAACCAUAGAUUAUGCCAAUUCACCAACUGGUGAUUUUUUUGUGGUUUACUCAUUUUUACCAGAGGGGACUUGUUGGAGCACAAUUUCUUAAUGUGUUACUCUAAGUAAAUCAAACAGCGACAAGCUAUGCUAGAUGAUGUACUGUAAUUUGGAAGAGGUGUGUCAGGUUUAGCAUCUGUAAUUCACUUGCCAAAUGGAAAUGUUAAUGAAAUGGUGGUCUGGCUUUGUCUUUGUUCUGAUUUAGUACAUCAAUAAUAAAAAUGCUGCA